AUGCAGCGACAGACGUUCUCUGAGAAAUCAAUGGCGCUUCUACAGGUUGCUCGAAGCGACCACUACUCUCGCCCCAACAUUUUACGUGAUUCGUGUCCUUCAAGAUUGCGGUCAUGUGUGCUUUUGCUAGUGCUCUGCGGCCUCUGGAUGCUCGUGAUGAUGGCCAAUUUGUUAGGCAUUAAUCAGAUUAUGGGGCGUAGCAUUAGCGUACCUGAAGGCGAUGAAGAGGUCCAUGAUAGUAGCUACAGACCACCAUCUCCUGCAAGAAGGGACUUGUUCUCGACCCACGACGAGAAGCGCAUGGAGAAGCAGCUGAUAUACACAAUCCACGAGACGGCGCAGCGGACAAUCGACAAGCGUGGUAUUGUGCUGCCAUUGUACGACGACAUUGCGACACUGGGCGUGUCUUUGAUCUUGGAGCUACGAGCGAUGGAUGUGCAUUUGCCAAUCGAAAUACCGUAUUGUGGAGAUUUAAAAGACUCGACGAUCCGCACGGUUCUGGAACAAGAAGAAGUUGGUGUGCUGCACUUCUAUGACGUAUGUGAACUCGCGUCAAAGACCGUCAGCUUGCGGGAUGCGUCCGUGAAGGUCUUUUGUGAGAGUCUGAGCAACUGCUAUGAGUUAUUUCGAAGCUUUGACAUUAAGAUACUGGCUAUGAUUUUAUCGCGGUUUGAAGAAGUUAUGCUGCUGGAUGCCGACACGUUGUUUUUCGAGAGCCCCAUGUCGCUUUGGGACACGGACAAGUACCUGAGUACGGGCACGCUAUUCUUUUAUGAUCGUUUUAUUUCUGAUACAAAGCACUUGGGUAAAAUUCUCGAUGGUGGCAAAGGUGAUGUGCGGGAAAUACAUGACUUCAUGUCGCGAUUUGACGUGUCGCCGUUUGAGCCGUUGGGUUACAUCGAGCGGCCAAGGGCUACAAGCAAGAACAGGGUGCCAGUGAAGCUUAAAUUCUCACCGAGCGAGCACCUGCUGACGAGUCAUUCGUGGAACUACCGCGCUGGCCACGAGAUGGACUCGUCGUUGGUACUAUGGAACAAGAAGCGGCAGCCACGAGCAACAGCAAUCCUGGGAGCAUUCGUAGCGGUGAAUCGCAUCGGCCGACCACCUUCUUACGGGGAUAAGGAGCUGUUUUAUGCGGCCGCCGAGCUCGCUGAGACGCAGUAUGCGUUUUCUGAUUUUGGAACAGGAGGCGCAGGUUGGGACUUGCGUGACUAUGGCCCCGGCAAGUCGGUGCUCUGCGGCUCCGCCACGCAUUAUUACCCCGUAAAACCGAAGGACAAAAGGCUCGCUGCUAAUGUUAGCGUGCUGUACCUCAACAGCGAUGACAUUCUGGUGUAUGAUCCCAAGAAAAAGCCCGUGUAUUAUACUCAGGCGCGGCCAUACCAGAAAUAUCCAGCUAAAUUGACGAUGCGUGGUCAGUUGUUAGAGUGUUUGUACGAUGAGACGGGUGUGCGCUUUUCUCCUGAGCAGGAGGAUCACAUGCUGCUACGUCAGCGCUUUCACGAGAUUGCUGAGGCCUGGUUGAAGUAG